AUGUAAAGCAUACCAGAAAUCACAUAAAGUAGACCAUAAGUUCCUUGAAACGUACCACAAGUUCUCUUAAACAUACUUAAGAUUUCAUAAAGUAGACUACAAGUUUAUUAUAACAGGCCACAAUUUCUUAUAGCAAACCACAAGUUUAUUAAAAAAAACCACAAGUUUCUUAAAGCAUAACAUCCCAUUGAACCUAUUUGUAAACUUUUAAAAGUUCAAGUAUCAUAACGUAAAAGAAAAAUUUAGGUACUAAAAUAUAAUUUCACAUCAAUAUUUUUAGGACUUCUUUGUAAAAAAUGACUUUUAGGCAAUAAAUAGUAAUUUUAGGUACCAAAACUAUAAUUUGAACAUUCAAUCUCAAUGAAACCAAUGUAGGGAAGGAGAAAGAGAAGCCUAUGGGAAAGGGAGAAAAGAAUGUAGUUACUAUAAUGCACCUAUUAAAAGUGUUAGUAGUGUGCUAACACUAAGACCAUCCACAAUGUGGGUGCGGAGGGAAAGGUGGGAAAAGAGGGGGAGGUUUUGGUCAUAAGACCAUCUACAAUGUGGGAGGGAGGGAAAUGUGGGAAAAGGGGAGGGUUAUGUCACAAUUUGGGGUGGGAAAAAUGGUUAAUUGGUUAAUCACUUUUUUGGUAAAAUCAAUCUAUAGUUGAUUUCAUCACUUUAUUUUUAUAUAAUAACCAUUAUUUUUACAUAGUUAGUUAUAAUUAAUUAAUACAAACAUUUCGAUAUAAUUUGAUUUCCCCUCUUCUUCUGCUACUCCUCUCUGCAUCUCUUUUCCACCUAAUCGCUCACCUUUUCCCUCAUUUCCAACGAUCAGAGGAAGGAAUUUGUUUUUCUGGGUUUUGUAGAGGAAGGAGUUUGCUGAAAUGGGUAACCUGUUUUGCAUGGCGAAGAAAGAUGGUGAAAGCAAAGGCAACAAUGGUCCUUAGUACGUCUCAUUUGCCGAUUCGGAUCCUCCUCUUCAGACCACCGUCGUCUGCGGCGGAGUCAGAUUUAGGAGACCUGUGGCCCUUCUUGCAAUACUCAAUCAGCAUCGCCAGGAUCUUGUCAUGGUCAUCGUUGGGGAGAGGGAUGUAGUUGUUGGGUAACGACGACGCAAAUGGCCUUGGCUCAACCCCUAGUUGAAUCAGGUUAUGAAAUGGAGUCCUUAUUCCUAUUUCAUGGCGAACCACACCGCCAUCUUCAACCCUUCCGGAGACCGAAAUGCCUCAGCAGAUGUCAGAGUCAGAGAAUGGAUUUGGGUCGGGUUUCCGGCGACCAAACUGGUUCUAAGAUUGUCGUACCAUGGCUACGUAUGGAAGUUGGCAAAUUCCGGGGAUAACGCUCUGGGAGCUCCGACGAAGGGACCAAAUACGGCGAUCGCAUGGCUUAUGGGUGUUUUCUUCUACAAAGAUAACUUGUUUUUUUCUUCUAGACAGAGCUUCUUCAUGCAGAGGAAACCAGCGGAACGAAGGGGAGCGCUUGGGCUACAGGCUUCGAUUCAUCAAGCGGCGGCUAGGUGAGAUGCUCCUCCGCUGAAUGGAAACACAUGCCUCCGACAACUCUAUUGGUCUGGCAAUCCCUGCAAUUAAUUUUUCCUCGGCGAGAAGUAAAGGGCCAAUUAAUGGCCCAUUGGUCCGUUUCGCCUAUUUGGCUUUAAUACAUUAGUUAGUAUGUUAUUUGAUGUUAUUAGGUCUUUAAUGAUCCGUUUUAUGUGAUUAAUGAGUCACUAAAGCAAUCUUUUUAUGGCGCUUUAUAACCUUUAAUUGUUGGUUUAUAUCUCAAAUUACGGGAUAAAACGAAUUCAUUCUUGAUUUUCAGAAUUAAUUUCUGGCUUUCAAUGUAUCUUUGGCACAAACUCCUCUCCUCGGCCGUAACGCUUUUCUGAAAUUAACCUUCCAAUUGUGAAGAGAACUUUAGGCCUGAGAUUCGGGAAGUAACCCCAAAAGCAGAGAGGGAACCGGUAUCACUAUGGAACUCCAUGUGCUGGCUGUCAUCGUGCAACCAGGGUGGCCGUCGUGAAGUUGUGGACUUUACUGGCAUUGAGCAACUUCAUUGAUUCCAUCUUGACUGGCAAUUUUAGUAUAUGGUGGCGACAUAUGUCAUGAUCUCUGAGAUCUCCCCAUUCCACAUUCUCCAAUACGCCUGGUUACUUUGGAGAAUCUGGAAGUCUAGACAUUAAGUGAUUUUUGAAUUCUACCAACCUCAUGUCUGUUCCCUCACCAGACAAUUCUACAACCAGGUCCGUCAAGUCUCCAAUAUUCACCCCCUGCUCCGCCCCCUCCCCCCAGAUCGCUCCUCCCAACUCCUCCUCCGGGCUCUUGGGAGCCUCCACCCUACGACUAUUUGAAGAUCACCUUCGAUGCAACUGUUCGUGACUCAGGGUGCUCAUUUGUUCUUGCUAUCCGUGGGUUAGACGGGCAUGUGAUAUUGGCAGCCAGUAUGCAUCACCAGGGAGUAGUCUGCCCCGACCUGGCAGAGCUCCUAACUAUCCGUCAUGAUGUACAAGAAGAUUCCUUUGGAGGUCCGGUGUCGUCAGAUCGUAGGCUCGUUGUCAGUUUGUACAUAGUUUAGGGAGGUUUCUAGAGCCGCCAACAGUGCUGCCCAUAGAGUUAGAGACUUUCAACUUUAUUUGGGUGGCUUCAUUAGGGUGUCGCUUGUAGGGGGUUCUUGGGUAGUUUUUUUUUUAUUUCUGAGUGAUAUCAAUAGAGGAAAAUAGUUAAACUUACAAUUCUACCCAGGACCCCUAAAAGACUCUAAAAAAGCCACCCCAAAAAAAUCAAAAGAUUUUACCUCUAAACGAGAAAACAGUGCUUUACGCGCCACUCUAUGGGCAGCACUGUUGGCGGAUCUAGGUACCGCCCUAAACUCUAUACAAACAGACAAAGAGCUAAGGAUCUGAUGACACUCUCGUAACGCCGGACCACCAAUCGAGUCUUCUAGGACGCCUUGACGAACUUGUUUGACGACCACUUCGGAAUCACCUUCGACUAUCACGCGGGUCAAGGAUCUUGAGGCUACGAUGGAGAUAGCAUCUCUAAAGGCUAGAAGCUCUGCCAGGUAAGGAUUGACUAUUACUUGAAGCUGCAGCCCAAACGCCAAUACCACAUGCCAGUCUGACCCAUGGAUAACAAGCCCAGACGAACACCCUGUGGCACAAACAGCAGCGUCGAAGUUGAUCUUCAAAAAGUCUUCUGGCGGAGGGACCCAAGAGGUGGCAGGAUGGUUUGGGAGUAGAGCUGUGGGGUGGAGGAGGAAGGAGAAGAUAGGAGACUUCGAGGACCUGGUUGUAGAACUGGCUGGCUAGGGAACGGACAUGAGGUUGGUAAAAUUCGAAUGUCACUUUAUUUCUAGACUUCCAGAUUCUCCAAAGUAAACAGAUGCAUUGGAUAAUGUGGAAUGGGGCGCUCUCAGAGACCAUGACAUGUCGCCACCAUAGACUAAAGUUAACAGUAUGGGCGGUCUCAAUAGAGUUGCUCAAUCCCACUAAAAUCCACAAUCUAAUGGCUAGGGAGCAUCUGAAGAAUAAAUGUUCAACGCUUUCUCGAUGUUUCCAUCAGACAGGGCAUCGGUUAAGGCAGUUUACUCUACGAGUUUGAAGGGCCGAUUUCAACCAUAGUCUGAAACGGUUAGAAUCCUCCCGUAACUGACAUUUUGGAUAGUCAAAUGCACAUAUACUCAUUAAAUUGAUGACCAUUAAAAGCUUUCUGGCGGAAGCCGUUGCUGGCCAUGAUGUAUAAUUACCGAAUUGACUCAAUUGCUAGCCAAUCUGUUCUAGUAUCGAAUUGUUAGAUGAUUUCAUUAAUUAGCCCUUGGGAGCAUAUUUAUUUGCGGGAGUCCUCUGAAUACGCCUCAUUAUGCUGACGAAAGAAUCUCUUUAUUAGAGUUUUAAAACACUCUAGCUCGUCAUUAAGGAGACGAUUUGAAAGCACAAUUAAAGCUUUUCCGGCGCUAGCCGUUUCUGGCCAUAAAGCCUUGCGACCGACUUGUGAAAAAGUGGUUACUAAACCCAAUAACUAUUGUAUUAAAUGAGCAUAAAGUAGGCAAUUACGUGGCUAAAGCUGGUUCAAGUUUAUUAAAGAAGGUAACCAUAAUAGCUUUGGAAAAUAAAAGAGAAAUCCAAAUAACUGUAACGAGGACUAAUAAUUAAUAGUCAGUAAUACCAUAACCAUUUAUUAUAAUUAUAACUGAAAAUCCAAAAAUAAUAAAAACCAAUAACUACUUUCCCACCGUGAAAGCAUCCAACAGAUAAGGAAUCUUUAUAUCCGUAACCAAACAAUUAAGAAAUUAGAAGAAUGCUCUGGACGUAGGUUGCCAAAUGCCAAUGCAACAAAACCGAAUUUAAUCCAACGCAAGGCUUUUAUCAGUUUAAUUGCUUUAGGGGAUUAAUUAAUUAUUAUAUUAAACCCAUUAAUUUUCGUAACCUCCAUGAUAAAUAUCAGAGUAAUACUUAUCAUCUUAAACGGAAGAAAAAGAUGAUUUAAGA